UUGUCACAUAUAUAAAAAAUAAGAUGUUUACGUUUGAUUUUUCACGUGAACUCAUGAUUCAAAGUAAGAAAUUACUUUACUCUCAGAUAUUUAAAAGAUACUGUAUAAAAUAUGUGCAAGGACAAUCUCCAGAACCUCGAGUUCGUGAAUAUUUCUAUUAUAUUGAUCACCAAGGCAUGCUAUUUCUAGAUGAUGCGCGUAUGAAAAACUUCACAUCAUGUUUUAAAGAUAAAAAGUUUUUGGCAUUCUUUUUUAAGCGCUUAAAAAAGAAUGACACAGGCAGAUACAUAGAAGAUUUUCCUUAUGUUUCUCUUUGUGGUCCAGAAAGAAAUUUUGUCAGAUGUGAUGAUUUACCAAUAGUUUUUACAAAAGUUUUUCAAAAAAAAAAUAGUGAAACAGGCAAGAUUGAAGAUUGGUUUGGUUAUGCUCAUGCAGAAGAAUUAUUAAUGAUACCAUUUCAACCAGACAAAUUACAUAUGAAUGUUCAAUCAGGAAGAUUGUAUCAUCCUGCACCAGAAAAAGUAGGAGGAGUUGGUCUGGUGAGAUCAAAAACUGCAAUUGAAAUUAGCACUUUAUUUAAUUUUGAAAAAGGGGAAGAAAAUGGCCCAACUCAUAUUUUUUGGAACAAUAGAAAAUACAUUUUAGAUUGUAAUUGGUAUAAGAAUAAAAUAAUACAAUCAAUCAGAUAG